UCCCAGGGGAGGGAGAGGGGUCAGCCAGGGGGGAGCAGGAGCUCUGUGGGGCUCUGGCUCACCCCCCACCACCCUCCCCAGUCUUCCAGGCCCAGCUGUGGAUUUUCCUCAUUCCCACGGCCCUGGGCUUGGUGCAGCUGGGCCUGUUCCUGGAGCAGAUGGGUUUCUUCCUGCGCCACCUCGGCACCUCCCUCAGGACCAGCCUCUCCCUCUGGAUCCUGGGGGUCUACCCGGUGUUCAGCAUCAUGUCCCUCAUUGGCAUGUACAUCCCCCGCUCCUCUUUCGUGUGUAUCUUUGUUGCUAACAUGUCCAACCUGCGCCGGAUGACCCUGGCCGUGUACCAGCUGUCCCUCAUCAGGACCAUCCUCUUCUUCGUCGCCCUCAUCCUCUGGACCGACGAGAAGUACGACUAUGGCGAUGUGAGCUUCACCAACCCCAACGCCUACAUCAACGCCAUCGUCGCCAUCUCCACCUGGCUGUCCUUCUACGGCUACCUGCUCUUCUACCAGGCCGCCAGGCCGGCCCUGCCCGGCUCUUCUGCAGCCUGCAGAGGGGCAUCCUGGAGACCAUGGGGGCUCUGGGCGCCAUCCCCUGCCAGCCCCCGCUCUCGGCUGACACCCGCUCCCAGAUUAUCUAUUACUACUCCCUGGUGGUGGAGAUGUUCCUCAUCAGCCUCUUUGCCCGUUACUGUUUCCGACGGGUCGAGCUCCCGCUGGAGAACGCCCCAGACACCAAGAGCCAGGCCUCCCAGACGCAGCCGGCCCUGAGCGGCUCUGUGGAGGACGGCGUCUCCCUCCCGGGCCUUAACGCCUGCUACUCCCCCGACGCGAGCCUCUGCCGAAUCGAGCACACGCCCUUGGACCGCUUCACUUUCAGCCCCAGCUUCCCCCGACCUGGAGGAGGACAGGGCCAGGCCUGGCCAGCUGGAACUCCUGCCGGGGCCCUCGAGAUGGGAGAGG